AUAGAGACUAGCGCAGCCCCAUCUCUAUCACUCCAGCUUCCUGAUCCUUUCUGCACACGCUUGUUCCCGGCUCGGAGAGAAGUCGAACCAUGAGGCCCAUCCUGCUUCAAGGCCAUGAACGUGCCAUCACUCAGAUAAAAUAUAAUCGUGAUGGAGACUUGCUCUUUACAGUUGCCAAAGACCCUGUGGUGAAUGUUUGGUACUCCGUGAAUGGCGAACGGCUGGGAACAUACAAUGGACAUACGGGAGCGGUGUGGUGUGUGGACGUUGACUGGGACACGCGUCAUGUACUGUCUGGAUCUGCUGAUAACUCUUGCAGGCUCUUUGAUUGUGAGACAGGAAAACAGCUGGCUUUGCUGGAGACAAACUCCGCUGUGAGGACUUGUGGAUUUGACUUCGGAGGCAACAUAAUCAUGUUUUCUACAGACAAGCAGAUGGGAUAUCAGUGUUUUGUGAGCUUUAUUGAUCUGCGGGAUCCUGCCCAAAUUGAAGAUAAUGAGCCUUAUAUGAAAAUCCCAUGCAGUGAAUCCAAGAUAACCAGUGCUGUGUGGGGCCCUCUUGGCGAACAUGUUAUUGCAGGGCACGAGAAUGGAGAACUAAACCAAUACAGUGCUAAGUCUGGAGAAAUUGUCAACACUAUCAAAGAGCAUUCUAAGCAGAUUAAUGACAUUCAGAGCUCCAGGGAUAUGACUAUGUUUAUCACUGCAUCCAAGGACUGCACAGCUAAGCUAUUUGAUACUACAACACUGGAACAUCAAAAAUCUUUCCGUACAGAGAGACCAGUUAACUCUGCUGCCCUGUCACCAAUAUAUGACCAUGUUGUUUUGGGAGGUGGACAGGAAGCUAUGGAUGUGACCACAACAUCAACCAGAAUUGGGAAAUUUGAGGCCAGGUUCUUCCAUGUGGCCGUUGAAGAGGAAUUUGGUAGAGUGAAGGGUCAUUUUGGUCCAAUUAAUAGCUUGGCUUUCCACCCAGAUGGCAAAAGUUACAGCAGCGGAGGAGAGGAUGGAUAUGUCAGAAUACAUUACUUCGACCAGCAAUAUUUCGAUUUUGAUUUUGAAUGUUAAGAUGACUCCCGCUUUCGGACAGAUUAUUUUCUCAAUAACAAAACUUUCCUACUUGGCAGUCCACACCAUGAGUUUAAAAGUCUCCAGUUCCAAAUUGGGAUAAACACAAAGGAUAUGACUAUUUAUAAAAUUCAAGAAUUUUACUAUAUCCUGUUUAAGACUUUAUUUUCUAAACCCAUGUACUUGUAUUUUUUUUCGCCCCUGCGUUACUUAUUGGAAUUUGCAAUUAAAUAUGGCAUAGAAAUAAAUUCCAUCUGAUGCGUAGCAAAAUUAGAGACUGAAUUUUUUUUUUUAAUAAUACUAGACUAUCCAGUGCCCACUGGUAUCCAGUAUCUCUGUGCAUGUUAUGCCAUUUUUCUCCUUUAGAUUUGCUUGCUUUCCAUCUUGAUUUGUGCAUUUUAUCUUGCCAUUAAGGAGUGAUAUAUACAGUCUCUACCUUGCUUUAAGAAACAUGUUUUAUUAGAGGGAAGCCUGUUGCCAUAACACGUUUGUCUCCAUCAUACAACAACUUGACAUAAAAAAAAGUUCUAAUUCCAAACUCGA